AUGACUACAACGUCCACAUACAUAUCGGAUAUACCAGCUCACUCGCCAACACCUCCGCUUUCAUCCACGAUCACUCCGACCAUGUCGUCAUCACCAUGUUCACCGCAACCACCUUCUGUCUCACCCCUCGCUCUCGAUCGUUUUCCUCCCGAACUACGGAUCAUCAUCUUCGACCAUAUCAAACAUACAGGUCCAUCCGCAAUAUUCAAUCUCGUCUUAACCUGCCAGGAGAUGUACGAUCGGUUCAACCCCUUGUUAUAUACCAGAAUCACUGUCGAUCAAUUCAACGCUGAAAAGUUAUUUUACGGUAUCAUUCCCCAUGUAGAUCAACUCAAAGGUGCCCUCCCUUCCUUGUUGUCUCUCGAGGAUCAAUUACCAGGUAUCGACUUUGCAAUAGCUCAUCCCUAUGUGGUGAAUCGACAUGCUCGUAAAGUGGCUUUACUCGACAAUUGCCAAACUUUGAUAAUUGGAGAUCAUCAGUCAGUACAAAUCAUCUCGUCAGCUCUGCGACAGAUCCCUUGUACCCCUUUUCUACCAGGUCCAUCUGAAGGACAUUUGUCUAUGGUUACAGAUAAUGAGAAUGAGGAGGAAGACGAGGAGGGAGAUCCUAGUGACGAUGACGAAGAUAGUGAAGGUAGCGAGAGUGAAAUUGAGAAUGAUGAGGAUGGAGGUGAAGAUGAAGGAUUUGGUAAUGAUGGAAAUAGCAUAUCUGCGUUAUUUUCAAAUCUGAUUUCGGUAUGUUUCGAGAACACCUCAUUAUUCGAUUCACAUAGGGAGGCUUAUAUCGGCGGAGCGAUGCACGACCUAUUCAUAGGCGUAAAGCCUCGGAAUGUCUGUGCCACCUACGAUACCUCCAACAAGCGUUACAUGACCUCUAUCAUGGGAGAUAUACGAGAUCGGUGGACCCUGAAAUCUUUCACCUGGCAUGAAGUUACCAAUCCCGAUUUUACUUUACUCAAUCCAGCCAAAUACCUGAAUUAUCAUAUAUCCUCUAUCAAUACCUGUGCCGUCCCCAAUCACCAAACUGGAACGACGGACCCCUCGACCGCCACAGUGCAACAGGAUCUUACUAGCGAGUGCACAUGUCCAUUUACCCUUCACCAUAUGACGGAUUUCGUCUAUCGUAUCGGACCUUCAAGAGAACCACCAAUGAAUUUCGAUCAAUCCCAAAAGGCAGAAUGCAACUAUGUCGGAUUAUAUAAUAUCCCUGAACAUUAUUCUGACAAUCAUUGGUCAGAACUGGAAAAAGAACUUAGAAGUAAGAUCAAAAAUCAACCUAUCAGAUCAGGUAAUAGGGUCUGGUCGAAGAAUGAAAAAGACAGGAUGAAACGAUGGAAAGAGGAGUUUGGAUCGUUUUUAGUGGAUGCGAAGAAGUGUUUUGAUUGUCCUUGCUGUGGCAGAUUUUAG